GGUCUUGCUUCUUAAGGGGAAGGUCGGAGGCAGGGCAUCAUCAAUGCGAGGCAACCGAUUGGUUAACUAACGCAGCCGUGCCCUGCAGAGCGCCAUUACGCACUGGCGGAGAAGAAAGCUGAUUGGUCCUUUGAGGCGACCCGCCUGGUCGCGAUUAAACUAAUAGCCUUUCUUGGGCGGAAGCUGAAGCCACACCAGUACCAGACUCGACCAUAGACCAAUGCCCUCUUUCGGGUGACUGUCGUCAUAUUACUAAUGAUAGUGAGAGUGGGAAGAGAGAGUAAGCGGAUGCCCCGGCUCCUGCGUCUACUACGCGUCAACCCGCCUUGCCACUGUCAGUCCGAAUUGUGUGGCACGGAUCUGAUUUGUCGGUGACUGGAGUGUUAAGCCUCCUCAGCAGCCAAUAGCUACGUGGUGAGUUGGAGGACGCGGAUUGGUUCGUAGCUGAAGUUAUGCCGUAGUAGCCAAUAGGUUGGUGGAGAAUGGAAGAGAACCAAAUGAAGAAAGUAUUAGUAAACAAAGGAAAUGAGAACAGAGAGAAAAUUGGCUUUGAUGGAGAGGAGAACAACUCAUCAAACAGGAAGAUAUACCUAGAUUACAAUGCAACCACCCCUCUGGCUCCAGAGGUUAUUGAGACAGUUACAGAAGCCAUGCAUGAAGCAUGGGGCAAUCCGAGCAGCUCUUACACAGAAGGUCGAAGGGCUAAAAAUAUUAUAGAUGGAGCCCGUGAAAGUCUGGCUAGAAUGGUAGGGGGACGACCCCAGGACAUCGUCUUCACUUCUGGUGGGACAGAGGCAAACAAUUUAGUGAUCCACACUGCAGUGAAGCAUUUUAAGGAAAGCAUCAAGCAAAGUUCUGAUGGACCAAGAGAAGAUAAACAAAAGACUCUGGGGAUGUGUCCACAUUUAAUUACAUCUUGCAUUGAACAUGACUCAGUCCGUCUCCCUGUGGAGCACCUAGUGAAAGAGCAUGAGGCUGAAGCCACUUUUGUCCCCGUGUCCAAAGUGACAGGACAGGUGGAAGUAGAUGAAGUUGUUGCAGCAAUCCGUCCAACUACAUGUCUAGUUUCCAUUAUGCUGGCCAAUAAUGAAACUGGGGUUAUCAUGCCUGUCUCCGAACUCAGCCAACGGAUUCAAGCUCUCAAUCGGAAGAGAACGGCAUCUGGUCUGCCACGGAUCUUCGUACACACAGAUGCAGCACAGAUGAUUGGGAAAGGUCAAGUGGACGUGCAGGAUCUGGGAGUGGAUUACCUCACUAUUGUGGGGCACAAGUUCUAUGCCCCGCGUAUUGGAGCGCUAUAUGUGCGAGGACCUGGUGUCACCACUCCUCUCCAUCCCAUGCUGUUUGGCGGUGGGCAGGAAAGGAACCUCCGUCCUGGGACUGAGAAUACACCAAUGAUUGCUGGCCUUGGCAAGGCAGCAGACUUGGUGACCAGGCACUGUGAGGUUUAUGAAGCUCACAUGAGGAAGGUCCGGGAUUACUUGGAAGAGAGACUUGAAGCCGCGUUUGAAGAGCAAGGAGUUAAUUUUAACUGCAGACUGAAAGGCUCAAGGCGACUGUGCAACACCUGUAACUUUUCUGUCAUGGGCUCAGGACUAAAAGGUCGGCUGGUGCUAUCUCACUGUAGGACUUUGCUUGCCAGUGUUGGUGCUGCAUGCCACUCCGAGAAGGGUGACCGGCCAUCCUCCAUCCUGCUUAGCUGCGGAAUUCCUUAUGACGUGGCACAGAACGCCUUGCGUCUCAGUGUGGGUCGUGCUACCAGCAAGGAGGAUGUGGACCUGAUUGUGGAAGAUCUGAAGCAGGCUGUGGCUCAGCUACAAUAGGCCAGAUUUUCAGUCACCUAGAGAGACAGUUUUGCCCUCUAAAACCAGGAAGUGAGCUUACCUGACCCUGAUUUUCCAUUGCUCUAGUGCUACUUACAUUUAACAGAAUGAGGCUAGAUAACAUUCUAGUCAGCUCCUGGCCACUGAAUUCUUGUUGAAUAAUCUCUGGUGAUUCCCCAGCCCUUGAAUACAGCAGGCAAGAAAUCAGUGCUCCCUGAAUGUAGUCACUAUGCUGAGCAGGCUCUGCCAGUAGUUUUUACUCAUUGAAGUGGGUAAACAUUUCUAGCUGG